AUGAAGCUAAUAAAGAUACAAUUCUGCUUUAUUCUUUUUUUAAAAUUGGCAAAAGGAAAUCCAGAAGGAAAAGUUUAUUGGUCGUCAGUUACUUACACCUCUAACCCAAUGUACGUUUCGGGUUUUGGUGUGAACAUAUUUAACGACACGGAUGGAAACACGAAUUUUAAUAUGACUUUCACUCAAUUAGAGGACAUGGAAAAGUUAUUAAUUACAAUUGUAAUUAUACAAAAUUCUAAAGACAUGAAAGAUUUUAAUCGCGAACUCUUAAGAAUUAAUGCAGAUACAUGUAAACUAUUCCAAGGCACGUUCAAAAAUUAUAUUGUACGCAACAUUUUCAGAGAUAUUAGAGAAGUUUCCAACGUAAAAUUUUCAUGUCCUCAACCAAAAGGUUCAUUCUACAUCAGUGAACUUAUAUUGCCUGGUUCUAUACCGUUUAUCGAUAAAUUUCUAAAGUACGCUUUAGAAGGAGAAUUUGAAUUAACUUUGCAGUUUCGAGCAAAACCAUUCAAAAAGAAAUUGACUGACGAUGAUAAUGUGAUUAUUGAAAGAAAUCACGAAGGUUUUGCACUAAUGGCACUAAAACCAUGGUUAAGCGUAAAACAAGCUAGUGCUAUCCACAAAUUUAUUUUUUAG